AUGGAGACCGACUUCGAGGACAGAACAUCCACGGGCAUCAUAGACUGCCCGGCGGAGCUCUUGGACGAGAUUGCACAGCUGCUACCUCGAGCCUCCUUCCUAUCCUUGCGCGCUACGUGCAAGAACUUGCAACAGAAGACAGACUAUCACUUCAAGAAGCGACAUCUUCCAGAAAAGAAGGUCAUUCUUGCCAAUGACUACCACGCCGGCCUGGCUUCACUCGUGGAAUUCGCCGGCCAUCCUCAUUUCGCACGUCAUACCCGCAAGAUUUGCGUUGAGGUGGGAAUCGAUACCCUUUUCCAAGCCGACUGGAUAUUCAAGAAGCCAAUACGAGCCUUGGGGGGACAAUGGACGGAUUACUUCAAUACAUCGCCCUACCUGCCAAUAAUGGAGGAACGAGCUGUAGAUAUUGGUCUCUUGUUUACUUCACUCGGAAAACUACCAGCGCUAGAAGCGCUUGAGUUCACCCAAUACACCCACUCAUCCACUACAGCGCCUCGCUCGGGCCAUCGACAGUUGCUUGACGCAGAUUAG